AUGAAGAAUAACUCUAUGCUAAAUGAAUUCAUUUUGUUAGGACUCACCAGUUCUUGGGAGCUUGAGAUUUUCUUUUUUGUGAUCUUCUCCCUGGCUUAUACAUCAAUCAUGGCUGGAAACAGUCUCAUUAUAUUUAUGGUGACCUUUGACUCCCACUUGCACUGCACUCCCAUGUACUUCCUCCUGGCCAACCUCUCUUUUCUCGACAUGACCCUUUCCACUGUUACUGUCCCUAAGAUGAUCACAGACUUCUUCAGGGAGAGGAAAACCAUCUCCUUAUGGGGCUGCAUGGCCCAGAUGUUUUUUCUCCACUUCUUGGGUGGUAGUGAGAUGACUCUCCUUAUAUUCAUGGCAGUUGAUCGAUACGUUGCGAUAUGUAAACCCCUCCACUACACAACUAUCAUGAACUAUAGAACAUUGAUAGGUUUCAUGCUGCUUUCCUGGACUGUGGGUUUUGUGCACACAAUGAGUCAAAUGGCCUUUACUGUGAACCUGCCCUUCUGUGGCCCCAAUGUAGUUGACAAUAUUUUUUGUGAUCUUCCUCUCAUGAUCAAGCUUGCCUGCACUGACACCUAUAUCCUGGACCUACUUGUUAUUGCUGACAGUGGGCUGCUCUCACUAAUUUGUUUCAUCCUCUUGCUUGUCUCUUACACUGUUAUCUUGCUCACUGUCCACCGUCGCUCUUCUGGUGGGCUCUCCAAGGCUCUGUCUACACUGUCUGCUCACAUCACAGUGGUAACUCUAUUUUUUGGGCCAUGCAUUUUCAUCUAUGCUGCACCAUUUAGUAACUUUUCAGUGGACAAAUUUCUCUCAGUUUUUUACUCAGUUAUCACUCCUCUCCUGAAUCCAAUCAUCUACACCUUGAGAAAUCAGGAGAUAAAGGCUGCUAUGAUUAGACUGAGGAGCCGACAUGUCACCUCCAGACAGACUUUGUAG